AUGUGCAACGUGAAUAGUGCCCCGGUCCUUGGCGAAAACUGGGCCAAUAUCAGUGAUCCUGUGGAGCGGCGACGAGCUCAAAAUCGGAUCGCACAGCGAGGAUAUCGAAAAAGACUUCGACAAGGAGCAAAGGCAAAUGCAGAAGAGAAGGCAGAAAAGGGUGGUCGAGCAAAAGGCUCCGCUGCACCGACGACAACGACGACCGUGACGAAGAGUGGAAGCACGAGAGUGAAGAGAUCGUCCUCACCUCCCGAAAUCAAGAAGUCCCAACCUCAGGCACCACCACGCCAGAGUGCAAUCGUCGCACCACCAACUCCACCCGACUCUGCCUCGAUUUUAUCGCAAGGAACCCACUAUCCAUUUCACCAGUCGCAACCGCAACCGCAGCCACAGCAGCAGCAACAGCGGACCCCCCCGCCAUUACCGACGGACUUCAACCCGUAUCAUGCCCACUUGGACCACUCCUCAUUUCUCGGAGGAUCAUGGAAUGCUCCACUUUUGGAGGAGAACCGCCAUCAUGGCCAUUUCCAGCUUUCGACUCCUGUCGAUGAGCAGCAACUCUGUCUAACCCCAGACAAGCUGCAGGCUUCCCCGUUCGCACCAUCCUCCACAGAUACGGCAAGCCUGCUGGGGCUCCCGUCCCGGCAGAGUCCCGAUAAUGGCAAUCUGAUUCCAUCGACGGCGGAUGGAUCCAUCUCCCGUGGACAUACAGCCUUGCACCGUGCGGCGCUACAUGGCCAUGGGCAAGUCUUGACAGUUCUUCUCCGUGCGGGUGCUGAUCCGACCAUUCCUGAUAACACCGGGUUGACCCCGCUACACUUUGCUGCCCAGAAUGGUCACACCAGCUUAGUACAACAGCUCCUGGCUAGCACGCCUCCAAAUCGGGAUCUUGUGCGACAGGCAACCCGAAUGGGCGAGACGGCUCUCCAUCUGGCUGUGCAAGCGCGGCAAACCACUAUGGUCCAGGUCCUGCUUGACCAUGCACCCCAUGUGGUCAAUGAUCAAGAUCUUCAGGGCCGUACAGCACUCCACCUGGCGUGUGAGUCAAAUCAGCAGGGCUUGGUUGACAUUCUAGUCCACGCGGGGGCACAACUCGAUAUCCGAGAUUUCACGGGCCAAACUCUGCUCCACAGCGCUUGCAUGGGUGCCAAUCUAUGA